AUGGUAAGAAAAGCAUCCAGUUUGCAGCAGUUUUUCAAUAUUUCACAGAAGAGAAAUAUGAAGAGACAUUCCUCGCAAAACAAUAUUUCAGUGGAUAGCUUUUUUAUAGAUUAUUCCCACAAGACACCAUCAACUGUAUUUUCUCUGCCUGGCUGGCAAAUAGCAGCCUGGGCUAUUGCCUAUUUAUCCAUAAUCAUUGUGUCAGCUGUAGGCAACAGCACUGUCAUUUGGAUUAUCCUAACUCAUAAACAGAUGAGGAUUGUUCCCAACUAUUUUAUUGUUAAUUUGGCACUUUCUAACUUUCUGAUGACUGCUUUGAACAGAGUUUUCAAUUUUAUUUAUGCCAGCCACAAUGUCUGGUAUUUUGGUGAAGGAUUCUGUCAGUUUCUUAACUUCAUUCCUAUUACAGCAGUGUUUGUGAGCGUUUAUUCUAUGACUGCUAUUGCUGCUGAAAGAUAUGUGGCUAUAGUUUACCCUUUCAAGAAAAAACUUGCCUCCGGGAACAGCAAAGUGAUCACAGGAAACAUCUGGCUGGCAGCUAUUGGACUUGCCUUUCCACAGUUCCUUUAUUCAGAAAUAAGGAUUGAUAAUGGGAUAACCAAAUGUAUCAUUAUCUGGCCAGGAGACCCAGACAACAGUCAUAAGCUCACGUAUCACAUUGCACUCAUUGUUCUGGUUUACCUACUGCCACUCACAGUGAUGUUUGUCCUGUACAGUAUAAUCGGAAUAACCUUAUGGAAUCACGUUGUUCCUGGAGAUGACACUAACAAGGUCUACCACUGGCAUCAGAUUACAGCUAAAGGGUGAUUUGUCAGGACAAUGGUUGCAAUUGUGAUAGCAUUUGCCAUCUCUUGGUUUCCUUAUCAUCUCUUCUUCAUCUUGGGGAGCAUUUGGAAAGACAUCUCCAGAAAGGUACACUUGUUGAAUAUACUUCUAACAGUAUUUUUGCUUGCCAUGAGCUCUGCAGUGUACAGCCCAAUUAUGUAUUGCUAUGUUAAUCAAAGAUUCCGCUCUGGUUUCAGCGUGGCUUUUCAAUGGUGCCCAUGUAUCGAAGCAAUGGAAAGAGAUAGACAUAACCUUACCCAGCCAUCCGCUUUACCGAAGAUCCAGAGGCAUCAGGCAUCAGACCGUACCAGUCAUGCAAGCAUGGAAACACAACGAUGGCCAUUUUUCACUGUCCACAGUGAACAAGGCUGGGAUAUACCAGCUGGAAUUGGUGUAAGUCUGCAGCCACAGCCUCCUGAACUUGACAUACCCUUUCCCCCUCCAAGGUCCAAGCGCAGUGUGGCAGACGGCUGCUGCAGUUCUCCUCAUGCCAGCCGAGAAAGGGGUGGGGAGGAGGCCUCUGAAGAAUCUGGUAGCCUCACAGCACCAAGCUGCGUGAGGAGCCGCCCUCACCACUGCAGUGGGGAGAACACUGUUCCAAACUGUUUUGAAAAAUGGAGUGCAAGGUUGUUAAGGGAAAAGCUGGUUACAGAGAAGUACAAUGAGCACGCUACAGCGCUGCCUCACAGCCGUGAAAACUCCAAGACGGAGGAGGGUGGAGAGCAAGUGAAGUGA